AACCAUGGACCCUGUCUUUAUCACUGCUGGUUUUGUGACUCUAGUGAUUGUCUAUGGGGUGUACUGUCGAUACUCUCAUAUCUCUUUGGCAGACGUUCCUGGCCCAGAGUCUGCAUCAUUUAUCAUGGGUAUGUCUAUAUUAUCUCUUGCUGGAUCCCACUGCUGAUAUGACCACCAGGGAAUCUGAAGGAACUCUACCAAGGUCAGGCAG